UCUGAUGCGUUGAGCCUCUGAAGUCCUGCCAUAGGGUGCUAUAGGGCCUGGCCUCAUUGCCUCCUGCUUGCAUUUUUAGAGGGGCUGUGAAGCACCUUGUGACACAUGGGAACAAGGCAGGGCAGUGGUGAUAGACACCGUGAAGAAGAGGCGAUGCUGGACCUCAUCAUCCUCAGCCUUCAUUUCUUCAUCUGCUUUCUCAUCUCCAUUGCAAUCUGGUGUGGACCAAAGGACAUGGAUUUGCACAGCUCAAGCACAGGAACUGAAACAGAGCCUGAUGGUCUUAUAUUCAUUGGCAAAGAAGAGGACAUAAAGAAGUCCCAAAGAAUAACAGCCAAAAUCAAUGGCAGAGAAAUUGUUGUUUUCUACCAUGAGGGAAAAUUUCAUGCUCUGGACUCUCGCUGCUACCAUGAAGGUGGCCCUUUAUACUGUGGAGAAAUAGAGGAUAUCAAUGGACAAGCAUGUAUUGUUUGUCCUUGGCAUAAGUUUAAAAUUACCUUGGAAACAGGAGAAGGAUUGUAUGAAGGAAUAAAUCCUCUGGAGUCAUCACCAACACCGAAGUGGCAGUCAAAAGGAGUCAAACAAAGGAUUCAUACAGUCAUAAUAGACAGUGGAAAUGUUUAUGUGAGUCCUCCAGAUUUUUCUGUGAGUUUCGACUCUGAUUAUUUUGCUGACAAGUACAAAAAUGGUGGUGAAUUAGCCAUGGGAAAACAAAGACACUCAGAAGCUGCAGGAGUAGUCAUGGCCAGACAGCAGAAUCCUGGGGAAUGCACAAAUGAAUAAUAUUUGUUGGGAAAUAGAAAUGUGCUGUGCCAUGAAGAUUGUCUCCAAAUUAAAUUCCAUGUUAAUUCAAUGUUAAAGCAUUGAAAUAAUAGUAUUGAGUACGAUAAGAAGUCCUGCAUUGUCAGAAAUGUGACUGAUCUUGUGCGGAGGAUUUUUUUACACUUGCCUUUCAAAAAAGACUUAAUUACAGCAGAGUGCCUCACAAUAUUUGAUAUUUUGCUAGAACCAUUUAAAAAUUUUAGAGGGGAUGCUAUGGCUUAUAAAACUUACUACAUAGUUUAAAGUAGAUAGUCAGGUGUAAAGGUUAUCUUUAUAUACUUAACAGUUUAUACUUCUGAUACCUGUGGUAAAAAUGGCAUAGAGAUUUUUAACUUCUGAGGUAUUUGUGUGAUAUCUACAUAUUUAUUAAGUGCCACAAAGGAAGACACAGAACUUCAGCGUGUUUUGGUGCACUCUUUUAUACCUAUUUGUGCAUUACUACCUUAAAUAUAUAGAGAUAUUUCUUUUCCUUCUUCUCACUGAACUCCUCUGUUCAGUUUAUUGAAUAAUGUGGCAAGGAUUUGUUAUGUAAAGCUUGAUCUUCCUGAUUCUUUUGGUUAAAGAGAGAGCUGUUUGGUGUGAUAAGUGAAUUAGUGGCCCUUGUUUGGUUGUUUUUAUUUAGUGUAAAUAUAUUUUUAUACAUUCAUUUGAAAAAAAAUGUGCUUUCUGUGGAGAGGCAAAACCUGUGUUUUUCUGUGUGUGUUCACUGUACAAUAUCAGAUCUGCCCCAAAAACCCAGAAACUUCCAAGGAAGUUUCUCUCUGAGCUCUGCUGCACUCCAAGACAUGGUGGGCUCUGCUGUUCAGCCUGUGGACUGCAGGGACACCCUGUGAACACAGAGUAUGACAGAAUCAUUGAGGCUGGAACACACCUCUAAGACCAACAAGUCCAACUGUUAAAUCAGCACUGCCAAGCCCACCGCUAAGCCGUUUCCCCAAAUACCACAUCUACGCAUCUGUGGAGGCUUCAGAGCCAAAAGCUGUUAUAGUGUGGAGGGAGGCCUCCAGGGUAUAAGGUUUUCCCCCAUUUUAGAGCUAAUAGGAAGGGCUUCUCCCAUAGUGCUUUGCACCUCCAUUUUGUUGUACCUCAGUUUUUAUAUACCCAGUUAGCCUGUUGGCUAUCCAUCCCCUUUUUACCUUGUAUGUCCCUCUCCUAGAAACUUCUCCCUUCCCUGUUCCUCAGUUGGUCCCAGUUUGGUGCAGUCCUCCGCCCCUGCAAUCCCGUUGGAUCUCCCUCUCCCUGGCCCCACCUCUGCACCACUUUAUCCCGUUCCCAUUGGACCCUGGCUCUCAGAUCCUCCCCCUCAAGCCCCCAUAUAUUCCUGUAUCCUCUAUUCAGUUCUGUCUUUGUUCCUGGACCUUUUUGGUGUGCGUUUGGAGUAAACCCCACUGGAACUCCACACAGAGACCCUUCAUGCUUCCUCGUCGGCAAGUGCUGUCUGUGGUCUGUCAGUGUGUGUGUGUGUUUGCUGCCUGCCCAGACGCUGUCUUCUCUGGAGACGCAUUUGGGAAGGUAGUGUCACCUUACCACCUGCACAUGAUGCUACACACAUCUUUUAAAUACACCAUCCUGCAUGGCUGCAAUUCUUCAUUGUGGGUUUUUUGUGUGAUUUGUUAGUUUUUUGCAAAGUUCAUUCAUAGUCAGGUUCUGUUUGAAAUACCCGCUCUUCAUCUGUAAGUUUCUCUUGUGUUUGCAGCACGAAGUCUUGCUUUUUUAAUGUAUGUUAGAGGUAACUAUGCCUGUGUCAACACUGUUCAUACAAAUGUGCUUAGAAGUAGUGCGGCAGAGGGAAGAGUCAAAGGAAAAUUUGUGCCCCAUUGAUCACAACAAAAAAAGUAAAGUACUCAGUUAAUUUCACUGCAUCUAAAUUGAGAGAACCUACUCUAAUCAUGCCUCCUUGACAUGGUUGACAGGGGAAAGUGGCACCUUAAAAAUGCUAUUUAGCUGAUCUACCCCAGUUUUGCAUUUUAUAAGAACUACAGCACGGAAAUGCUUUUCUUGCCAUCCUCCUCUUCCUCCUCCUUUUUUUCCUCUUCCUGACCACCCAGACAGACAGUUCCAAUGAUGAGAUGCAAAUGUCUGCCUUCUGUCAGGUCAAUCACAUCAUAUCUGCUAGAAACUGCUGUUUUGUACUGACCAGGUCUGCAAUUUGUUGGGGUUUUUUACUACAAUUUGUUUGCUUUUAAAUUAAUAUCUCAAAUUCCCCUUUUGAAGCCACCAGGUAGAUGGCAGGAAGGUGGAGCAGGUACCUUCCUGCCGUCUACCCCAGCUGAUGCCCCAAGAGGGUGUCACCGCGAUGGAGAAUUCCUGCCCUUCCCUCCCUCCCUCCUCAUCCAGAUACCUGCACCUGUGAUUAAACUUGAUCACAGACACUGUGUCGAGUAAAAGACAUGGAUUAUAUCAAAGGAGAGUCUUGCAAGAUCUUCAGAUAGACCUGCAUUAACUCAUGUGAUUGAAAUUUCUAUUGACUUCUUUUGCUAUUUUUUUGCUAUUAUGUGUAUGAUACUUAGAAUAAAGAUGGAAAGAAGUUUUAUUUGAAA